CCGUACAAUCCGAUCCGAUCUGAACACAUCUGACAAACUCGCGCGCUUUAUUACCACUACACAUGCGCCCACACGUAGACUUACCGCCAACUUAAGUUUGGACGACAGUGGAGAUUGCACUGCAGCAAGCAUCUCCGCACCGACCUUAGGAGUUUCCGGUGAAACUGACGUCAACACUUGGCCCCUGAAUCACUUCCGACCUAUAGCCCUCUCCCGCGCGACAUCACCCGCGGGCGCAGAAGCGCACCAUGGCAGGCAUUGAACAAUUGGAAAUCCAUAGCAAGGCCUACAUUGUGCGAUGGGUUAAGGUCGAUGCUGGACACACGAUUUCGUGGAGCGUGCAGCCGCACAAGAAGUCAAUAAACUUCGCCAUCGUGAAGCACCCGGGGACCGGGGCUACGAACCUUUCCUCCCAUCCCGACGAAGUAGGUGGUUUUGAACAGCAAACAGACGGCGUCGCGGAGACGAAAGCCGGCCUUUUCGCCAAGAGAGACGGCAGCACAGCCCAGGAACAGCUUGCGAAGAAGGGCUUCAUACCGAUAAAAUGGCACGGCAAAUGCGAGGCUGACAAGGUCUCGGUGGGGACAUACGAUGUCACCCAGGGCGGCAUGUUCGGCCUGGUUUUCGACAAUACCUUUUCGAAGCAGACGUCCAAAACAGCCACCUUCGUCCUGCUGACGUACCCCACCGGCAACCCUCCCCAGACGGCGCGCCACCUCCCCAAUCUCCAGGCCGGCCCGGCCGCCAGUGCUAGCCGGUCCAGCUUGGGAAAGCACAACAACAGCCCCCACCUCGGCGCCGUCACGUCUGAAUCUGUGGAUAGCUUUCACAGCCACAAUGCAGCCGGGCGCGCCAUGUCGACCGCUGGAAGGAGCGACGGAGGGGGGCCGAGUUCGUACCACGUCGGUGUUCUGCUAAAGAGGAGGCGCAAGAAGGGCCAAGGCUAUGCGCGACGCUUCUUCUCGCUCGACUAUACGACCUGCACCCUCUCGUACUACCAUGACAGAAACUCGUCGGCGCUCCGGGGCGCCAUCCCUCUGAGCUUAGCCGCCAUUGCGGCGGAUGAGCGGCGUCGCGAGAUAACAAUCGACUCCGGUGCAGAGGUGUGGCACCUGAGGGCUCCUAACGCAAAGGAGUUCACAGACUGGGCGCGGGCAUUGGAGCGAGCCAGCAAGAUUGCCCGUGGGCUGGAAAGCGCCGUGGACGAGCCGGCGCGCGGGAUUCAGGAAGGAGGAGCGACGCAGCCUGCGGUGACGGCGUCCCGCAAUACGCAGGAGGAAGAUAGGGAAUGGCAGCAGGUCGAGGCCCUGGUUAGCAGGAUAGUAGGAACCAGAGACGCCCUCCGACGUCUGGUGAAGGAUAUGGCUGCUCAUAAGCAGGCUCCUAGCAACGGCAGCAACCAUGGGAACUAUCUCUCGCCAAAGACACCUACGGUCCCUGAGGACUCGGAUGGCUACUUCACGCCGCAACCAGACAAGCGGCCGUUCUGGAAGCGGAAAACGAGCACCUCAUCUCCGCAAACACCGCAGUCGUUCCAAACCGCUGCCAGCGCAUCCCUGGCCGUUCCAGCGCAAAGCACGCCAACAUCCGCUCCCAACGGCUCUCCGUCACAAGGCAUUGUCCAGGAGGACCGGGACACGUACGACAACUGCGCGGCUUUGCUGAAAGACCUCGAUUUGGUGGUCGUCGAGUUUUCGACUCUCCUCAGCUCCAGCAAACGAAGGCGGAUACCGGUCACAACGUCUGCUCCGCCGCGGUCGAGCCUCGAGUCGACCACCUCGACUGUUGAGGAGUUCUUUGACGCCGAGGCUGGCGAACCGGGCAGCUCCCAGAACCAGGUCGUGAUGAUCAACCACCAGAGCGAAGAAGACAUGCCGGCUUCGGACGCCGAGGAGGUGGAUAUACACGAAUCCUCCUCUGUCUCGUCGGCGGAGGACGAGGAAAUUACGCACACUACGGAUGGCAUCGGCAAUCUCUUCCCUACCAAACCCAAAUCACUAGCACCGCUGCCCAUCACCGACGUCGUCCCCCGGCGCAAGACCAUCCCGCCCGCCAAGGUCCCUCCGCCGAGCCUGAUCGCCUUUGUACGGAAGAACGUGGGCAAAGACCUCAGCACCAUCUCGAUGCCCGUCUCGGCCAACGAGCCGAUCUCGCUGCUCCAGCGCAUGGCCGAGCAGCUGGAGUACGCGCAGCUCCUGGACGCGGCAGCGCAGCAGAGCCAGCCGCAGCAGCGCCUCCUCCGCGUCGCCGCCUUCGCCGUCUCGCACUUCAGCAAUGGGCGCGCCAAAGAACGGGCGAUCCGCAAGCCCUUCAACCCCUUGCUGGGCGAGACGUACGAGCUCGUGCGGUCCGAGGCCGAGGUACCGGGCGGAUUCCGGCUGCUCGUCGAGAAGGUCACGCACCGGCCCGUCCGGCUGGCGAUGCAGGCCGACAGCGCGCACUGGUCGUUUGCGCAGUCGCCCUCGCCGGCGCAGCGGUUCUGGGGCAAGAGCGCCGAGCUGACGACGGACGGGCGCGUGCGGGUCAGCCUGCGGCUGCCGGACGGCGGCGAGGAGCACUACAGCUGGACGACGGCCACCGUGUUCCUGCGCAACGUGGUCAUGGGCGAGAAGUAUGUCGAGCCGGUCGGGUCGAUGCACGUGUCCAACGACAGCACGGGCGCCAAGGCCACGAUCGAGUUCCGCUCGUCGAAGGGCAUGUUUGGCGGGCGCGGGGAGGAGGUGCAGGUGGAGGUGUUUGGCCCCGACGGCGCGCACGCCGGGGUGUCCCUGAUGGGCACCUGGACGGGCGAGCUGAAGGCGAUGCCGGGCGGGCACCAGAUCUGGCGGGUGGGCAGUCUGGUGGAGAACGCGGCGAACACGUACGGGCUGACUACCUUUGCCGCGAGCCUGAACGAGAUCACGGCGAUCGAGAAAGGCAAGCUGCCGCCGACGGACUGCCGUCUGCGGCCCGACCAGCGGCUGGCCGAGCGCGGAGAGCUGGACCAGGCGGAGGAGUGGAAGGUCAAGCUCGAGGAGGCGCAGCGGCAGAGGAGGAGGGAGAUGGAGGAGAGGGGGGAGGAGUACAAGCCGCGGUGGUUCGUGAAAGCGGCCACGGGCCAGGAUGGCGAAGAGGUGUGGCGGCUGAAGGGCGGCAAGGACGGGUACUGGGAAGAGCGGGCCAAGGGGGCGUGGACUGGGGCCGAGCCUGAGCGGGGCAUCCGCAUUGCCAUCGACCGCGGCGGCACCUUCACCGACUGCGUGGGCAACUACCAGGGCGAGGACAUCAUCAUCAAGCUGCUGUCGGAGGACCCGGCCAACUACAGCGAUGCGCCGCUCGAGGGCAUCCGGCGCAUCAUGUCGCACUUCCUGCGGAAGGAGAUCCCGCGCGGGCAGGCGCUCGACACCAGCCGCAUCGACUCGAUCCGCAUGGGCACCACGGUGGCCACGAACGCGCUGCUGGAGAGGAAGGGCGAGAAGAUCGUGCUGGUGGUGACCAAGGGCUUCGGCGACUGUCUCGUCAUCGGCAACCAGUCGCGGCCGCGCAUCUUUGACCUGGCCAUCCGCAAGCCCGACGUGCUGUACUCGAGCGUGGUGGAGAUCGACGAGCGGGUCACGCUGGAAGACUACGCGGAGGAUCCGGAGCGCAGGGUGACGCGCGUGGAUGUCAAGGCCGGCACGGCCGAGGCGCGGACGGCGGACCUGGUGAUGGGCCUGGAGAAGGUGCGCGAGCAGCUGCGGCGGGUGUACGAGAGCGGCAUCCGGAGCAUCGCCGCGCUGGUGGGCGAGGUGGCGCGCGAGAUGGGCUUCCGCCAUGUCUCGCUGAGCCACGAGCUCAUGCCCAUGAUCAAGCUGGUGCCGCGCGCGACGUCGCGGUACAUCUCGGGCUUCCAGCAGGGCUUCGAGGGCGGCCUGGGCACCAAGAGCGUGAAGCAGCAGCAGGGGCCAAGUGGGCUGGUCGACGUUGACAAGUUCACGGGGCUGAGGGCGAUCCUGUCCGGGCCGGCGGGCGGCGUGAGGACCAAGAUCCCCGUGAUCGGCUUCGACAUGGGCGGCACCAGCACCGAUGUUUCGCGCUACGGCGAGGGCCGCUACGACCACACCUUCGAGACCACGACGGCCGGCGUGACCAUUCAGUCUCCGCAGCUGGACAUCAACACGGUCGCGGCCGGCGGCGGGUCGAUGCUCUUCUUCCGCAACGGCUUGUUUGUCGUGGGACCCGAGUCUGCGGGCGCCCAUCCCGGCCCGGCGUGCUACCGCAAGGGCGGCCCGGCCACCUUCUUCCCCAAGAUCUUCGGCAAGAACGAGGACGAGGGCCUGGACCCGGAAGCAAGCCGGAGGGUGCUGCAGGAACUCGCCGACCAGAUCGAGCGCGAGACGGGCCGGAAGAUGGACGUAGACGAGGUGGCCUAUGGCUUCCUGACGGUUGCCAACGAGGCCAUGACGCGGCCGAUCCGGAGCAUCACCGAGGCCAAGGGCCACGACACGUCCAAGCACCGCCUGGCCACGUUUGGCGGCGCCGGCGGGCAGCACGCCGUGGCCAUUGCCGAGGCGCUGGGCAUCCGGCAGAUCCUGGUGCACCGCUACUCGUCGGUGCUCUCGGCCUACGGCAUGGCCCUGGCCGACGUGGUCGACGAGCGGCAGGAACCCGAGUCGGCCGUCUGGACCGGCCAGGGCGACGUGGUCGAGCAGCUGCAGCGCAAGAUGGACGGCCUCAAGGCCAAGUCGCGCCAGGCCCUGCGCGACCAGGGCUUCGCCGACGGCGAGAUUGUCUUUGAGGAGUAUCUCAACAUGCGCUACCGCGGCACCGAGUCGGCGCUCAUGAUCGUCAAGCCCGCCGACGGCGGCUGGGACUUCGGCACGGCCUUUGUGCAGCACCACCGCUACGAGUUUGGCUUCACGCUGGACGACAGGGACAUCAUUAGCUUCCGCUACGGCGAGAAGAGCGUGGACGAGCAGCUGAAGACCGUCACGCGGAAGGGUGUCGCCGCCGAGAAGACGCACCGGGUCUCCAAGGUCUACUUUGACGGCGGGCGUCUGGACACCCCGAUCUAUAAGCUCGGCGAUCUGUCGGUGGGCGAGGUGGUCCAGGGUCCGGCCAUGCUGGCGGACGGGACGCAGACGAUCGUUACGCACGUUGUGAUUGACCUGCCCGAGGCGGAGAAAGACAGGUACUCCAAGAUAUCCGGGGACCGCGAAGCAGAGGUAGACCCCAUCAUGCUCAGCAUCUUCGGGCACCGGUUCAUGGCCAUUGCCGAGCAGAUGGGCCGGGCGCUCCAGAAGACCAGCGUCAGCACCAACGUCAAGGAACGCCUCGACUUCUCGUGCGCCAUUUUCGACGCCACGGGCGGUCUCGUCGCCAACGCACCGCACUUGCCCGUGCACCUGGGCUCGAUGUCGACGUGUGUGCGGCGACAGGCCGAGAUCUGGAAGGGCAAGCUGAAGAAAGGCGACGUGAUCAUCUCCAACCACCCAUCCUACGGCGGCACCCACCUGCCCGACGCCGGCGACAAGAUCUUGUUCUAUGCCGCAUCGCGCGCCCACCACGCAGACAUCGGCGGCAUCACGGCGGGUAGCAUGCCGCCGCACUCGCGGGAGCUGUACCAGGAGGGCGCCGCCAUCAAGAGCGAGAAGCUCGUCAGCGAGGGCCGGUUCAACGAGGAGCGCGUCGUCGAGCUCUUCUACCGGGAGCCGGCCAAGCACCCGGGCUGCAGCGGCACGCGCUGCCUCGCCGACAACAUCAACGACCUGCGCGCGCAGGUGUCGGCCAACCAGAAGGGCAUCUCGCUGAUCGAGGGCCUCAUCGCCGAGUACGGCGAGGACACGGUGCAGUUCUACAUGGCGGCCAUCCAGAACAACGCCGAGCAGCAGGUGCGCAGCCUGCUGCGCACCGUCCACGCCCGCUUCCAGGGCCGGGACCUAUCGGCCGAGGACUUCAUGGACGACGGCAGCCCGAUCCGGCUGAAGAUCACCAUCGACCCGGCCCGGGGCGAGGCCGUCUUCGACUUUGCCGGCACGGGGCCCGAGGUGUACGGCAACAUCAACGCGCCCGAGGCCAUCUCGUACUCGGCCGUCAUCUACGCGCUGCGCUGCAUGAUCUCGGAGGACAUCCCGCUCAACCAGGGAUGCCUCAAGCCGAUCACGGUCAAGAUCCCGCCGCAGUCGCUGCUGUCGCCGUCGGACAACGCCGCCGUGGUGGGCGGCAACGUGCUCACGUCGCAGCGCGUGACCGACGUCAUCUUCCGGGCCUUCGAGGCGUGCGCCGCCAGCCAGGGCGACUGCAACAACCUGACCUUCGGCUUCGGCGGCAACGUGGCCGGGCAGCAGGCCGUGCGCGGCUUCGGCUACUACGAGACCAUCGCCGGCGGCAGCGGCGCGGGCCCCACCUGGGAGGGCACUGACGGCGUGCACGUGCACAUGACCAACACGCGCAUCACCGACUCGGAGGUGUUUGAGCGCCGCUACCCGGUCCUGCUGCGCGAGUUCUCCAUCCGGAAGGGGUCCGGCGGGAGGGGGCAGCACCGCGGCGGCGACGGCGUCGUGCGCGACAUCGAGUUCCGCAUUCCCGUGCAGGUGUCCAUCCUGAGCGAGCGCCGCGUGUACCGGCCCUACGGCAUGGCCGGCGGUGAGCCCGGCCAGUGCGGCCUGAACCUGUGGGUGAGGAAGGUGAAGAAGGCCAGCUGGGAGACUAGUCUGCGGCGGUUGCAGCAGCAGCAGCAGCAGCAGAGGGACAAUGAGAAUAAAAAUAAUAAUCAUGAUGAGGAAGGGGAAGAAAAAGACGAAGAAGAAGAUGCCGAGUACGAGGAACGCUUCAUCAACCUCGGCGCCAAGAACAGCGCACCCAUGAAGCCCGGCGACCGCAUCAUCGUCUGCACCCCCGGCGGCGGCGGCUGGGGCAAGCCCGGAGACGAGAAGGCCCUGGGAGGCAAGGCGGACCCGAUGCAGAGCUGGAAGAAGGGGUCGCAUGCUGCUAGGGAAGAGAUGGCCUUGCAGGCGUGA